UGAAUGCAUUUUAUAGCGCUUUCAGUCUCCAAUAGUUGGUAGCAUAUGGACAGACUGAGGGAGAGAGAGAGAUUUGGAUUGAUCGGACUGAUAAAUUCAGAUCAAAAUAAUCAUUAAACAAAACAAGCUGGGUGAAAUCUGUAACUUUUUUUCCAGAUAUUUAAGGUUCACUGUAGAUCUACUUUCACCAUGGUGGUCAAGGUUUACACCGAUAUCCGUUCUCAGCCUGGUCGGGCUCUUCUCAUCUUUCUCAAAAACACCAAAAUACCUUUUGAAGUUGUAGAAGUAAAUCUGAGGGUCGGAGACCAUAAGACACCCGAGUUUGUAAAAAUAACCCCUCUCUGUACCGUCCCGGCUAUUCAAGAUGGUGACUUCAGCAUGGGAGAAACAGUGGCGAUUAUCAAGUACUUGGCGACGAAGUAUGCAGACCUAGUUCCUGAUCACUGGUACCCGAAGGAUCUUGAGAAAAGAGCCAGAGUUGAUGAAUACAUGGCCUUUCAUCAUACAGGAACCAGAGGAGGAUGUUGUUCAAUCUUCGUCAGUGAGGUUCUAGUCCCCUUGUAUUCGAAAGGAAAAGAGCAUGCAUCGGAGGAAAGGUUGACGCGAGAUAAAGAGAAUUUAACUAAACGACUCGAUAAGCUAGAGAACGCCUUCCUACGAGACAAUGAUUGGUUGGCUGGAGAUGACAUCUCUGUAGCGGACGUGCUUGCUGUUUGCGAGAUGAUGCAAAAUACGGUAAAUGGACGUGACGUCACAGAGGGACGACCAAAGCUCAGGGCCUUUUUAGAUCGGGUGAAGAAUCGUCUCAAGCCUUCUUUUGAUGAAGUUCACAACGCCUGGUAUGCCAUGUGGGAUACAUACAAAUGGUAGGGUUUGUACUCAUUAACCCUUUGACUGCUGAAUUGUGUGAUUCCCAUAUGCUUUGUACAGGGUUUAUCAGGUUCCAGCAGGCAAUGUUCGAGGGAAGUUUGGCUCCAAGUUGUCCUUACCACGUCCUUAUUUCUCGUGUUUUCCCAAUAUUUUAAUGUUAGCGGGAAGAAUCAUGACAUAAACUAGCUCUGGAAAUAGAAACGACAAAUAUGUAUAACUGUUUCAAUUUCAGUUUGGUUUAUUUUCAUAUCUCACAAAAAAAAUACAAUGUGACAUUCAACGAGAAAGAAAAAAACCCAAACAUUAAUGAUGAAAUAUUGCAUUUGAAUAAUUCAAUAGAAAUAAUA